AACACGAAGAAGAGCCAUGAACAUACAUUACGGUUUCUCCUUUUCCUAAACUCUAUAAAUUAAGAAAAGCUAGACAUAAUUCGACGUUCAAUUUACGACGUAUUUGGGCCCAUUCUUGGUUGAAUACAUUCCUGUCGUGAAUAAUUAUAGGCUGCCGUGCAACCUUGUGUACGCAAGCCAAGAGGCGCCGAUUGUUAGCGUCGCUGUGGUUAGCUGUUUAGCAUGACUAGCCAGACAUGUUUAUUUUAGUGCUGGGGGGGCGACGGCGCACGACGUGAUGGCAUGAAAACCUCGCACUAAUAGCUAGCAGCCACGCUCGCCUUCGGUGUAAGGUUGUAACUUGAUUGAGAGUGCUACCAGAAUCGAACCCCAUUGAGAUCUGCACACAAUCAUCAUGGCGUGGGCUCUGAAGUUGCCUCUCUCAGACGAAGUGAUUGAGUCUGGACUGGUCCAGGACUUUGAUGCCAGCCUGUCGGGCAUUGGUCAGGAACUCGGUGCCGGGGCAUACAGCAUGAGCGACGUACUUGCACUGCCAAUCUUCAAACAGGAAGAAUCCAACUUGCCUCCAGAUACCGACAACGAAAUCCCUCCCUUCCAGUAUGUUCUGUGUGCUGCUACCUCGCCAGCUGUUAAACUGCAUGAUGAAACACUCACCUACCUCAAUCAAGGGCAGUCCUAUGAAAUUAUCAUGCUUGAUAAUCGGAAAAUUGGUGAACUUCCAGAAAUAUCUGGUAAAAUGGUCAAGAGCAUUAUUCGUGUGGUGUUUCACGACCGCCGACUUCAGUACACAGAGCAUCAGCAGCUGGAAGGCUGGCGCUGGAACAGACCCGGGGAUCGCAUUCUGGACCUGGAUAUCCCCAUGUCAGUUGGCAUUAUCGACCCUCGGGCUAACCCUACUCAGCUUAACACUGUGGAGUUCCUUUGGGAACCGUCUAAAAGAACCUCUGUUUUUAUCCAGGUUCACUGCAUCAGCACAGAAUUUACCAUGCGCAAGCACGGCGGGGAAAAAGGGGUUCCCUUCCGGAUCCAGAUCGACACAUUCAAAGAGAACGAGAGCAACGAGUACACCGAGCACCUCCAUUCCGCUUCCUGCCAGGUCAAAGUUUUCAAGCCUAAAGGUGCGGACAGAAAGCAGAAGACAGACAGGGAGAAGAUGGAGAAGAGAGCGCCACAAGAGAAAGAAAAAUAUCAGCCAUCUUAUGAAACCACAAUCCUCACAGAGUGUUCCCCCUGGCCAGAGGUCCCCUACGUCAAUAACUCUCCAUCACCUGGCUUCAGCAGCACACAAAACAGCUUCCCAGUUGUAGAAGGAAACGGAUCACCAAUCCACCAGCCUGAGCCUGUGGUUCAAGUAGUUGAUAAUUUGUUGCCUGCAGCGACGCCACAAGAUGCACAGCAGUGGCUUCUCAGAAACCGCUUCUCGCCAUUCUCUCGACUCUUCACCAACUUCUCAGGAGCUGAUCUAUUGAAGCUGACCAGGGAGGAUGUCAUUCAAAUCUGUGGCCCAGCAGACGGCAUACGACUAUUCAAUGCACUAAAAGGACGGGUGGUCCGUCCAAGGUUAACCAUCUACGUGUGCCAGGAGUCGCAGCAGGCACGCGACCAGCAGACUAAACAUGAGAACGGAGAUGCUGCAAAUAACACUUUUUUUAUAUAUCAUGCCAUUUACCUGGAGGAGCUGACUGCGAUAGAGUUGACUGAAAAAAUUGCCCAACUCUUCAACAUCUCACCUCGACAGAUCAACCAGAUCUUCAAACAGGGUCCCACUGGCAUCCACGUGCUGGUCAGUGAUGAGAUGAUUCAAAACUUCCAGGAUGAAGUUUGUUUUGUUCUGGACACGAUGAAAGAUGACUCAAAUGAUGGCUACCACAUCAUCCUUAAGUGAACCAGAACCAGUUUGUCCUUUCAUCUAUUAAGUUUCACCCUCCCUUCUCUCCGAUCACAUGGAGACGCCACAGGAAACCUCUUGAGACUACUCAGAGGAACAUUGCGCACCUGGCCUCUUCAUGUCUUACUUGGGAGGGAUUGACUCUGUUACCAUGGUGAUGAAGCCUAUUACGCCUUCCCACCUUGCUGUUCCUUCCCCAACGUGGCUGCAUUUUCCUCGCCCUUUUGUAUGUCUCCAAAGUGAGGCUGGCUGGUGCGACCGCUGUGUCUGGUGUACUAAAGUUUGGCACUUCACAAGCACUGGUUUCUUUUAACAACAAAAACAAAAUCCAAUGCUAAGAUAAAACGGUGCUGGACUGGGAUGGAGCUUUAAAAAAAAAAAAAAAAAAAAAAAAGCUAAAAGCCAGUGACAUCAGGGACUUGAAUGGCAAGUACAAUUCAGCUAUUAACACGGUUAG